GUUCUUAACUUGUUCAGAUUGGUAUAAUUAAAGUUCGAUUCUUUAACUGUAAUAAUUUUCAUGAUUUUUAAUUACAAUAAUUUAUUAAUAUUUACAUUUGUAGUUUUUAUUAUAUUAAAUUUAUAUUUAAAUAAACAUAGUUUUUUCUAUUUGAUUCCAUCAAUAUUACUAUUUAUUAUAAUUACACAAUUUUUUAAAACAGAUUCUUUCUUGUGAAUUAGUAUGAUAAUAUUUAUCAUUAUUUUAAAUAACUUACAUUUAAAAUUAGAAAACUUAAUUUUAUAUAGCUUUAUUUUAUUGUCAAUAAUGAUAAUAAUAUUAUCUAACAAUUUAAUUAUAUUAUAUUUAUCUGUAGAAAUACAAACUUUUUCAUUAUUAGUUCUAAUAGGUUCUAAUAGAAAUAAUAUAAAAAGCUUAGAAGCAAGUCUAAAGUAUUUUAUUUUAAGUAGUAUUUCAUCUGGAUUUUUUCUUUUAGGUCUUGUCUAUUUAUUUAAAACUUCAAUUUCAUUAGAUUUAAAUUUGUUUAACUUUGUUUUAAAUAAUUCAUCUUUUUUUUAUUCUUUUAGUAAUUCUAUAUUAAUAUUAUCCCUUUUAUUUAAACUAGGUCUAGCCCCAUUCCAUUAUUGAAUUGCUGAUAUUUAUGAAGGAUCUGAUUUUGUACUAAUAUUAUUAUUAUCUUCCUUAUGUAAAUUAUCUAUAUUUAUUAUAUUAUUAAAAUUUAACAAUAAUUUUGAAAUGCUUAUGUUCUUAGGUGGAUUAUCAAUUGUUAUAGGAACUAUUGCUGGGUUUAAUCAAACUAAAAUAAAAAGAUUAAUAGCUUAUAGUGGUAUUUCUAAUUUUGGAUUUAUUAUCAUAUCCUUAAGCUUAAAUAAUAUAAUAGGUAUUGAAAUUUGUUUAUUAUAUCUUUUCAUUUAUUUAUUUACAAAUUUAUUUAUAAUUAUGAUAUUAAUAUUAUAUAAAGAUAAUAUAGAAUUUAUUAUAGAACUAAGCGGCUAUUUUAUGAAUAAUAAAAUUUUAACAAUUGCUCUAAUUAUUAUAACCUUUUCUAUAGCAGGAAUUCCUCCACUUUUAGGGUUUUUAAGUAAAUUUAUUCUUAUUUCAACUUUAAUAAAUUAUAAUUAUAUUAUAAUAGGAUGUUUAUGUCUACUAAUUACUUGUAUAGGUGUAGGAUUUUAUUUAAGAAUAAUAAAAAUACUUUUAUUUCAAAAUAAUAAUUUUUAUGUUUCUUGAAAUAAUAUUAUUUCUUUAAACAAAAAUAAUUUAUACUUAAAUUUUAUUUAUUUAGGUUUUAUAUUAUAUUACACACUAUUUUAUUUAUUAAAUCCUAAAUUUUUUAUUUCUUUAAUAACUUAUCUAUUAAAUUUAUAGAAUGAUCUUAACUAUAAUUCUUUUACCUUUAUUUAAUAGUUUAUUAUGCGGAUUUUUUGGUAGAUUUUUUGGUAAUAAAGGAGUUAAACUGAUUUCUUUUUCUCUUAUUAUAAUUACACUUAUUAAUUCUUGAAUUAUUUUUUAUGAGAUUAAUUUUAAUAAUACUUUUUUAUAUUAUAUAUUAUUAGACUGAUUUAAUUUAGGUUUAUUAAGCAACUCAUUUAAUUUAAAAUUUGAUUUAAUUACUACAAAUAUGCUAGUUUUAGUAAUUACUGUUUCAUUUUUUGUUCAUCUAUUUUCUUAUUCUUAUAUGGAAAACGACCCCCAUUUACCAAGAUUUAUAUCUUAUUUAUCCUUAUUUACCUUUUUUAUGAUAAUAUUAAUAUCAAGUUCCAAUUUGAUUCAACUUUUUAUAGGAUGAGAAGGGGUUGGAUUAUGUUCAUAUUUAUUAAUUAAUUUUUGAUAUACCAGAAUUCAGGCUAAUAAAUCAGCAAUAAAAGCAAUGAUUAUAAAUAAAUUAGGAGAUAUAGGAUUAUUAAUCGGAAUAAUAUAUUUAUGAAUAUUUACUGGAUCUUUUGAAUUUAACGAUAUAUUUUUAAUCUCCAUUACUAAUAAUUUUU